AUGGUUCUUCCCCUAGGUCUACUGACGGCCGCACAAGGCCACCCAAUGCUGGUCGAGCUUAAGGAUGGCGAGACUUUGAAUGGUCACUUGGUAUCAUGCGAUACAUGGAUGAAUUUGACUUUGAAGGAAGUUGUACAAACAAGCCCGGAUGGCGAUAAAUUCACAAGGUUACCGGAAGUCUAUGUCAAAGGAAACAAUAUCAAAUACCUACGAAUGCCAGAUGAGAUUAUUGAUUUAGUAAAGGACCAACAACAAGGACAGCAAGGUGGAUACAGAGGUCGCGGAGGUAGCAGGGGUGAUAGGGGCGACAGAGGUGGUGAUAGAGGUCGUGGUGGCAGAGGAGGAAGAGGUGGUAGAGGAAGAGGGGGGAGAGGGGCUUGA